UCAUCCUCCAAAUUUCCAAUUUUUUAUCUACUUUUUUAUCUUUAGAAGACAUGGUUUUUGCUUAGGGUUGAAGUGCCCUUUUUUAGUCAUCUCUAUGCUUUCUAUUUUCUCGGCUUCAUCUGUCACCAAUAAUUGGUUAUCUAACUUUUUUUUCCUUUUUACAAUAGAAGAAGAUCUAAGUUUUUCUUGCUAGGUUGAUGGCAAUUAAGGGUCCAACUUGGAAUAUCCUUUUGUCUCCUGUAUUUUGGUGACUAUGCAUUCAUGUGAAUUUAGUGCUGUUUCUGAUCUGGGAUUCAUCAGAUUCUGUUGUUUCUGCAUAUUCUUCACUCUUUUUUUGGCAAAAGGCUGCCGGUUAGUUAAUAAAUAGCAUUUCACGUCAUGGAUUGGCUGACCAACAUUCUUGAAGGUUCAAUUGAUGAAGUGCGAUAUCAUGGGAGAUAUGGAGAUGAUAGAACUUGGGAUGAGCCUCGCCAUUCAGUGAUGCAGGAAGACUCAGAUGGUUUUGACAAAGAAGAAAUUGAUUGUGCUAUCGCACUUUCCCUUUCAGAAGUAGACCAAAAACACAAGAACUAUAUAGAAGAUGAGUUUAAACCGGAGGAUGAAUCAGAUGAGAAUGAGCUAGAUGCUAGAGGUCAUGUAGAGGACAAGGAUGACAAAUAUUCUGAAGCUCAUUUCGAGGAGGAAGAGGACAGAUAUGGUAAAGCUCGUGUAGAUGAAGAGGAUGAUCACUAUGCCAAAAUUCAAUGGGAUGAGGAUGAAGAUGAAGACCGUGCUAAAGUUCAAUUGGAAGAAGAUGAACAACUUGCUAAGGCUAUUCAAGAAAGCUUGUAUGUGGAGUCUCAAGCUAGUUACAGAAUCUGUGCUGCUUGCAAUGCUGAGAUUGCUCAUGGACGAUAUCUGAGUUGCGAGGGUGCUUUUUGGCAUCCGAAAUGUUUUCGUUGUCAUGCUUGCAGCCAGCCAAUUAAUGAUGAUAAGGUUUCAGUGUCUGGGAAUCGCCCAUUUCAUAAAUCCUGCUAUAAGGAGCAGCAUCAUCCAAAGUGUUAUGUUUGCAAGAAAUUCAUACCGACAAAUCCAGAUGGUCUUACUGAAUGUAGGAGGCAUCACUACUGGAAGCAAACUUACUGCCCCUUGCAUGUGCGUGAUGGCACUCCUCGCUGCUGUAGUUGUGAAAGAAUGGAGCCAAAAGAUGCAAAAUAUUUAUCACUUGAUGAUGGACGGAAGCUGUGCCUAGAGUGUCUAGAUUCUGCAAUUACGGAUACUGAUCAAUGCCAACCUCUUUACCUUGAAAUCCAAGAAUUUUUUGAAGGAUUAAAUAUGAAAGUGGAACAAGAGGUUCCUCUACUUUUGGUAGAGAGGCAAGCUCUAAACGAGGCCAUGGAGGGAGAAAAGAAUGGGCAUCAUCACUUACCAGAAACUAGGGGACUCUGCUUGUCAGAAGAACAGACUGUUAACACCGUUUCAAGGAGACCCACGAUUGGGGCAGGCAAUCGGUUCAUAGACAUCAGAACUAAGCCUUAUAGGCUAAUUCGUCGAUGUGAAGUUACAGCUAUUCUCAUUUUAUAUGGCCUUCCUAGGCUGCUGACAGGAUCUAUCCUAGCUCAUGAGAUGAUGCAUGCUUGGCUUAGGCUUAAAGGUUAUCCUAAUCUGCGUCCAGAAGUUGAGGAAGGUAUAUGUCAGGUUUUGGCUCAUAUGUGGUUGGACUCUGAGAUCUACGCUGCAUCAGGAAGCCAUGCUGCUUCAGCCUUUUCAUCAUCUUCCUCAGCAGCAUCAUCCUCUUCCGCAUCAUCAAGGAAAGGCAAGCGCUCUGAUUUUGAGAAGAAACUUGGUGGUUUUUUUAAGCAUCAGAUUGAGUCGGAACCAUCCUUAGUUUAUGGAGAGGGAUUCAGGCAAGGUAAUCGAGCAGUGAACACGUACGAUCUCAGAAGUACCCUUGAUCAUAUUCGGAAGACCCGAAGCUUUCCUGUCUGAUGUAGAAAACUAAACAAUGACUGGUCUGUCCCUUUGCAUGGUUCGAGAAUCAGGAUCUUAUCAUAUUAAACCCUCUAAAAUCAAAAGCCAUCCAGAUUAAUACAUGAUAAAGCUGAAUAACCAAAUGAAAAUGUUCAUCUGCAGCUAUUGUAAUUUUCUCCUCACAUAGACAUAGUAUAUUCCUAGUUACUACACUGUACUUGAGUUCUUAUAAGCGAUAACAAAUAGGAUACACAGAUACAUAUAGUAUAUUUUACACCAUUUAUCUAUUUCUCCUUUUCCUGGCUAGCAUCUCUGGGAUUUUCCUGCCAUUUCUUAGCUGCUUUGCAAACGAGAAGAAAUGUUGGACCUUUCCUUUUUUUUGGUACAUUUCUAAGAGAAUAAAAUAUGCUCUGACUUGAUUUUUUUUCAAAGGU